AUGUCCAACAACUCAGGCAACAAUGUUCCCACAACCUCAGACUCCCAGAUAGAUUCUACCAAGUAUAACAGUUCCAAAGUCGCUGAUCCCGAAACUGCCUCUAUUGCUACCUUUUCCUCGUCAGCCCCCCUUUUCAAAAAGGACCAGAAGGAAAAGAACGGAACGGAAAUCGAUGCCAAGAAGCUCCAGGAACAGGCCCUCAGGUCACAGAUUCGAUUCAGUAUGUAA